AAUUGUGGGAAGAAUUGUGGGAAGAAUUGUGGGAAGAAGGCAAAAGCCCAUGGCCGCCGCCAUUAGUCUGGAGUAUGUGGUCUGCCGGUCUCAGAGAUCAUGCCACAUCCCCAGGGCUCUGGGAAGAGAACCUUUCACUUUUGGAGAAGUCCGGACUAUAUUUCUCAGAAGAACCAGGUGUUACAGGGGGAUACAGGAACUAUGAUCAAGGGAUUGAAUUAAUCUGUCAAAAGCAAGAAGAAUUUGUGAAGAUUUCCAUAGAAUCCAAAUGGAAUCUAACAGAAGCCCAGCAGAAACUUGGUAGUUUAGCACUGCAUAAUUCAGAAUCCAUGGAUCAGGAAUAUGCCAAAGCACAGACUGAAGCUUCAGAACUGAGACAAAGAGAAGAAGAAUGGAAGAGAAAAGAAACAGCCCUAAUAAAGAGGGAAAGACAGAAUCUAUGGAAUACAAAUUAUUUUAGUAAGGAGGUAUUUAAUAAGAGUUUUAUUAGUAAAUAUAAAAGAAAAGAAGAUGAAGAAGAUGAAGAUAUAUAUAAAUCAUUUAUGCAGAAGCAUGAACAAAAGAUUAGAUACUUUGGCAUGCUGGGCAGAUGGGAUGACAGUCAAAGAUUUUUGUCUGAUCACCCAUAUCUUGUAUGUGAAGAAACAGCUAAAUAUCUCAUCUUGUGGUGUUUUCAUCUAGAAGCUGAACAGAAAAGAGCUCUGAUGGAGCAAAUAGCACACCAAGCACUUGUGAUGCAGUUUAUUAUAGAAAUGGCCAGAAGUUGUAACGUGGAUCCAAGAGGCUGUUUUCGUCUAUUCUUCCAAAAAGCCAAAGCAAGAGAAGAAGGCUAUUUGGAAGCUUUUAAAACUGAGCUUGAAGCAUUCAAAUCAAGAGUGAGAAUCUGUUCACAGUCUCAAGGCUUUCAAGCCAUGUCAGUAGAGAAUUCCAGUGUCUAUACUGGUAUUGUAGAAGGACUGGAGUCUUUGUCACAGAAUGCAAAAGAUGUACAAGGUUGCAUAAACAGAAGUGUCAGCAAUUUAAAUUCAAUGCUACAAAAAGAUGAAGAAGCCAAAAUGAUGGACACAGUAUAGCACUGUUAAGACUGAGGCAAAGUACUCAUUUUUUAUUACAAAGAAAAGAAUGUGGCUAUUUUCUUGACACAUUUUUAUUGGUAUUGCAUUUUAUUUCUGGUGUUUUGAGCAUGGAGGGUAUGUGGAGGGAGAUUAAUCCAGAAAUGCUUGUAAUAAUGUUUGAAAAUGUGCUGCUAGGUGAAACUGAGUGAAAAUUUAACAGGGUAAAAAUCCAUUUAGAUUUAAGUUAAAUGUGCUGCUUUGAGCUUUCUAGCAUAAGUAAAAUAUGCUGUUUAGUCUAGUAACUCUGCAGCACUAGUAAAACUGCCCCAGCUGAAGAGAAAGAAUGCAAAUUUCUAAGCUGAAGAGAUAAGAAAUGAGAGAGGCUCCUCGAACCUUAAAGCAGACAGGGCAGGGUGACCCAAGAGUUUUUUCCAUACUUUCUGAUAAAAAACUAGCUACAAGUGUAACUAGCUGUGUCAUGCAAAAUCAGCAGAAUGAAUAUUCAUGAACCUAUUGUGAAAUUCUAUGCAUAUGUAAACUAGUGAAAAAGAGUAAAAAAAGAUCAAGAGUUCUAAGGGGAAUGCAUGUCCUUUGAAGGGAAACAUCCCCACAUGCAUCCAGCACUGUCCCUACAAAUCUUUAUAAGAAUUGUAGAGUUUUAAUUUUUCAUCCACAUUUCAUAGGUAUUUGGUUGUCUAUGAAGAAGGUUCUUAUUGCCAAAUGUGGAAGUGGAUGUGUUUUAUGCUACUAAAUUUGCCUUUUAUAAUAUUGGGAAUUAAAGUAUUACAAAUAAAUUGCAAAAAUACAAUGUUUACACAAUAAGUGAUAGAUUUCCAGUAGAAACUGCUAUUGUUAUUAGAUAUGGCUAUGUCUUAUUCUAUGAAUACUGGAAAUCACAAUUAUACUUUGCUAUAUUCCUGGUAUAGCUCUUAAAUCUCCUUUUAACAUAAAUAGCAAUAAAUUGGUAUGACAUCAGUACUGCAGAUCUGGAUGGCAUCAAUGAAAACACAUGGCUGUCUACUUCUUCUAAGAUGAUUUAAAUGUUACAUUUUGCUUUCAUAAAAACAUUGUUUGGUGUUCCCCUCCAACUAACAAUUGCUUACAUGUGAUCUUUGGGUUGUAUGGUCACUGAGAAACUUGGUUUGUUUUAUUUUUUAAGACUUGUUUAGUUUAAAUUCACUAAAUUUUUAAGCUAUUUUUUAAAGCCGGAUCUGUAAUGGAGUGAAAAACAUUUGAUAAAGAGAACAAAAGGGGACCAUCAGGCACAGUGGGUGGGAUGAGACUCUCAACAAAAAGCUUGAUUACAGUCAGGAGCCAAGCACUUAUAAGUGAGGUUUUGGCAGGUACACUGCUAAACUAAAGUUCUUUUUAUUCAGUGAAUGUUUUAUGAAAUUACCAAGUACUGAGAAAUAGAAAGAUCUUUAAAAGCCUUCCAUUUUAGACUCUUACUUCCAAAUGGUAUUCCCAGAACAAGUCUGGUGUCAGAGCCUAUGCAAUAAAAAAUUUCUACCAAACUUUUCAAACUUGCUGCUUCUAUAGUAACUCUGUCCAUAAACAUGCACUCUGUAGCUGAGAUGUUUCAAGGGAGAGUCUGUUCCUCGAAUGUCAAUAUAAAUGUUUUCUUCAUGUGUGUAUUGGUUUGACAUGGCCUGUUUUUUGGCAGCAGGGGAGCCACAAAGAUGGCUGCUGUGGGAAGCUGCUAGAAGCUUCCACCAUGUCCAGCAGAGCCAAUCCUUGAUUGCGCUGAAGAUGAACAUUCCGCUGGCCAAAGCUGGGCCAAGGAGAGAAGUUGGUGAUGCCUCUGUGAUGACAUAUUUAAGAAGAAAAUCAAAACAAAGUCACAGGUUUUUUCUUCUAGUCAAAGAAGAAGAGGUGAGAACAUGUGAGAGAAAAAAACAUGGCAACACCAAGGUCAGUGGAGAAGGAGGGGCAGGAGGCACUACAGGUGCCAGAGCAGAUUCCUCUGCAGGCUCUGGUGAAGACCAUGGUGAAACAGCUGUGCUCCUGAAGCCCAUAAGGGUCCACCUGCAGCCCGCGGUGAGAGGUGCCCAUGCAGGAGCGGUUGGACGCCUGGAGGAGGAUGUGAUCCAGUGGAAGAUCCAGUGGAGAGAGAGGGUCCCUGUGUUGCAUUUCAGACUAGCAAAAGUUUAGUAGAAGUAGUUUGGCUAAGGCUUAGAAUUUUUUAGUAGGCCAUAGGCUGUGUGUUGUUAGAAACAGUUGUUAGGUAAGGGCAGUACGGAAUACUGGAGAGGUAGGAACUUAUCUCAGAAUACAUUCCAAGAGUAGGCUGUGGUAGAACAUGUCAUUAUUCACAAGAUGGAUAGGUAGAUCUUGGGGGAAUGCAUUGUUUUUACCUAACAGAGUGAAGAGAAGUUAUGAUCAUAAAAAUGUUCAAUUUAAACAAGGACUAAUCUGUAAAUAAAUGAUUGUUGGAGUGUAACGUUGACAAAUAUGUGUUGAAUUAAGCAACUGUUGAUAUAGACUCUAUAUAAACGCAAUGAUUUGUUAGCUCGGGGGGCUCUGACUUUGGACAUUAGUUCUCAGGCUCCCAGGGCCCUCAAUAAAGCACCGCAUAAAACGA